AUGUCCAUCAUCGCGUACUGCUUCGGCAGCCGUAAGCGCCAGUCCGACACAGAGCCUCUCCUCCCAAAAUACAACGAUGACACCGUCCUCCAACGCCAGCUCCACGAGAAGCUGCACACCUACCAGCAGUUCCGCGCGCUCUCCAAGGGCUUCAUGCCCGACACCGAACAGCUCAUCAUUAAUCUCCGCACCCUCCUCGCCAGCGACCUUUUCAAUGAAAACAAUCCUGAUCUCUCGGAAAGUGGAAGACGCCUAGUCAAGUAUACCCGCCAAUGGCUGCAGCAAUUCAUUGAUUUGAUUCGGCACAAGAACGACCGAGAUCAGAUACAGGAUCUGAUUUGGUUUCUGAGCAAGAGCCGCAUCAGCAUUGACACCGAGGACAUCGCGGCCCGGGCGAAGAAGAGCAAGGUCAAGGCGGAUACUGCGGCGGCUUAUCAGAGCAUCAGGACGGUCGGCAGUCUUAUGCUAUUGAACGAUGACUUCAGAACAUUUUUGGCGGACUUGAAUGUAGUCGGAAGGGAGAUCUUCCGUGACUCGGCGUUCAAGCUGUCACAGACGGCAGAAGAGGCAGGAAAGAAGUUGGAACCUUCAGACGAGAGCAAGCAGCUUGUGAUGCAGCCCGGCGACGACAAGCAGAUCGCGGUUCCUACAAGCCAGGAGCUGGGCGAUGAAGCGGCGGAUGUUAGCAAGGUGGUCGCCAAUGGCUCCGUAGAGGUUGCGGCGACCGCUGCAAUGAGCGCCAAGGAGAAGUUGGAGGGUGACGAGGGCAAGACUAUGCUCAACCGGCUGAAGCAGGCUGUGAUGAGUCUGCGGCAAAGGAAGGACUACUCGCAGUCGGUCUCUACCAUCUCACUACUCAUACAGCGAUAUGCGUUCAUCUACAGCCGGGCAGCGGCAGAGGUCUCAGAAGUGGCACAAGAGGACACCCAUGAGAAUGCAGCUUUGGAUAGAGCAGUCAAGAAUGCUUGGGCAUUGUUCACGAGCUUCGGCGAUGAGAAAGAGUGGCGGAGGAGUGAAGAAUUGUUGCAGAAGGUCGUCAGCCAUCGCGACAGUGAUCCUCAAUUCGAGGAGAUGAUGGGCGAGGUCGGUGACUCGCUGCAGAAGCUUCUGACCGACCCAUCAUUCUUCGACGAGGCGCCGGCCAAGUUUGAUGAGCUCAAGAAGAAGGGCAAGGAAGUCGGUAACGAGAGCGAUCUGCGACAGGACGUAGAAGCUCUGGUGGCACAGCUGGAACGGACAUUCAGGAGCGUCGUUCAAGACGAAGACAUCCAUGGCCUCAUCCGCACAACUUCCCGCAUCUUCACCAUCUUGUCGCCCAUCAACCGCAACACCAACCCUGAGCUCCUCCAGGACUCCAUCAAUGUCUUCGUCCCGCUCCUGAUCUCCGCCAUUCAGUACCUUCCCAUCCCACGUCUCGAAGUCAGCACUCCAGUCAUCGACUUGCUGCUCGAAAACCUCAUCAUCGAACCCGGCACCACCGUCAACAAGACCUCCUUCCUCCCUUACCGCCUCAAGGUCGAGACCUACAACGACGUCGACAUCCACCGCACCCACACCCUUCGGACCGCAACUUCUAUGACCAAUCUCCUCACCAUCAAGCUCGACGGCCUCAGCAUGCGCGCAGACGAAGUCGGGUUCUGGCUUCGCGCGCACAGCGGCAUACUCCGCCUCGCCGACGAAGGCAUUGCUGGCUUUGCGCUGGACGAGCGCGGCGUCGACAUCCACAUCGACGUGGAAAUCGCCCGCGAGCGAAUGGAGCAGAUCCUAACCCUCAAAGCCGUCCGCGUCCACAUCCACAAGCUCAACUAUAAGCUCCGCAAGAGCAAGUUCAGCUGGUUCGGCUUCCUGCUCAAACCCCUCCUCCGCCCCAUCAUUCGCAAAACCAUGGAACACCAACUCGCCACCGCCCUCUCCGACUUCUUCCACACCGCCAACCGCGAACUCCUGUACGCUCGGGAGCGGCUUCGCGCCACCCGCGUCGCUAACCCAGAUGAUCUGAUGACUUUCGUUAAGGCAGUCGCGGCGCGCUUGCAACCCGCUGAGGAUCCGGAGGUGUACUCGCGCGUCGGCGUCGACCAGCCGGGUAAGGGCGUGUUUAAAGGUGUGUAUGCGCCUGGUAGUGUGGUGAAGGUCUGGGAGCAGGAGGGCGCGAGGGCGGGGGAGAGGAUUGAGGAUCAAGAGUUUGAUGCUGGGGGGUGGCGGAAUGGGAUUUUUGAUAAUCAUGUUAGGGUGAUGACUUGA